AUGUCAUCACAAGGCACUAAUGUUGUAGGUCAUUGGAAAGUUGUUGAUUAUCCGCAACAUCCUGAAUGUAUUGGUUGUCAAUUUAAUAUAAGUCAUGAUGAUGAAACAACAAAUUUGUAUCGUCUCAAUGCACACGUAGUUAAUAGUUUAUUUUGUCCUUUAGAGCAUAAUCCUAUAAGUAACGAAUGGACACUUGCUGGAGCUGUCGGAUCAACACUAAUGCUUGGACCACCAGAAGAAAUGAAAAAAGAAAAUAUAAUUGGUGACUUAAUCUCUCGUAUUCAAAACUUGGAAGUUGAAGGUGGACAACAUUUAGUCAUUACAACAAAUAAUGGUGAACAAAUUCGAUUAGAACGUUCACAGUAG